AUGUCUUCCCAACUGGUUGUUCGCGCGGGCGCCGCAGUUCCGCUGGCAAGACCGCUUGUGUCUCUGUUAUAUGUGCUGCGACGGGUUCCAACGGCUGGACUUACUGAUACUGCAAAUGCUAUUACAACACUUCCCCAUGUGAUGGACCCCAAUGCCACGGGUCUGUUUGCAAAAGGCAAACAGAUUGUCAAGUUAUACAAGAGCGGGAUUGUUAAUGUAUGGCACAAUUAUAAGAGUAGUCGUGAGUUGCUCAAAACGUUUCAAAAAGCUGCUGGAUCAUCGCGUCCAAGUAGUGCAGAGGCUGUGACCCAAACAAUUCUGGAUAAGGCUGCUGCGGACCGAAUAGCGAUUGAGCACGAACGUGGAGACUCAAAGGACCCGACUAUUUAUACCGACAUUGAGGUUGGUAUUACUCGGGCACAAUACCAGACUCUUUUGAGAACUCCAAAAGAUGCUUUCAAACUACCACUGUUCAGUAUCAUCUUUUGCAUUUUUUUCGAAACCACACCACUCCUCGUAAUGAUCUUCCCAGGAAUUGUCCCAUCAACUUGCAUUCUUCCUGGUCAAGAACGCAAGGCAGUGGCCCGCCGUGAGGCUCUCAUCAAUAAUCUCCAUGGGAAGCAUUAUCCAAAGGUAGCCUUUGGAACAUCACCAUACAAGUUGAAGACUGACGCUUUACGAGACUUAACAGUGACUGUGGGGGCCGUCCCACAGUUUGCAGCCCGGGUUCUUUCACACAAUAGCCUUGCGCGCCGACUUGAAGCUCACUUGUCGCAGGUCCGUGCAGAUAGUUAUAUGCUUGCGUGGACUCAAUCGCCAGUACGCGAGAAUGUGGUUGGUGCAGCCGUGUGGGCACUCAACGAGCGGGAACUGGUGAGAGCAUGUCAUGCACGAGCCAUUCCAGCUUUUACUAGCGAUGGCACUGCUCGGUCUGUGCAGGACCUGCGGGCGGAACUUUUCCUGUGGACGGCCAAUUUUCUGGAGCUUAAGGCGGAUGCAGGGUUUUUACUGAGCUGGCAACCAGCUGAAUCUCUUGACCAAUUGUACAUUAACCAAACUAUAUUGUAA